CCCUCAGCUCCCUUCUCUCUCUCUCUCUCUCUCUCUCUCUCUCUCGUCUCAGAUUCUCAAGCUCGAUCAGCUCUUGAUGGAGGGUCUGUGGCGGGCCGCGACGGGCCAGGACCCGAGCCCAGAAGACUACACGGGCAUCGAGUUCUGGUCCAACCCGGAACGCGCGGCCUGGCUGACCAAGCAAGGCGAGUACAUCAAGACCUGGCGCCGCCGCUGGUUCGUCCUCAAGCAAGGCAAGCUCUUCUGGUUCAAGGACUCCCACGUCACCCCCUCCACCACCCCACGUGGCGUCAUCCCCGUCGGCACGUGCCUCACCGUGAAGGGCGCCGAGGACGUCCUCCACAAGCCCUGCGCCUUCGAGCUCUCCACCACCACCCACGACACCAUGUACUUCAUCGCCGACACUGAGAAGGAGAAGGAGGAGUGGAUCAACUCCAUCGGACGGUCGUUGGUGCAGCACUCCAGAUCGCUCGCGGAUUCCGAGGUCGUUGAUUACGAUAACCGCCGGUGAUGUCUUUCUCUCCGGUACAACUACGACUUGUACAAGUGUCUUUUUUUUUGAAUGAAUGAAAUGGAAACUAGUUCAGCGUAAUGUUUCUCAUUGAUCGAUUAAACUUUGGUGUUGUGGGAUUUGAGAGAUUUAGGCUGAAUUUUGCUCCUUUGUGGCUU